GUUUUUUUGGGGAUAAUUGUUUAGGCCUGUGUUUGCUUUUUCAGUAUUCGAUGAAGAUUCUAUGAUGGUAAUUUUUGUGGGGGUAGGUUUACUUUGCAUGGAUGAUGUAUAUAUAAAAUUGAUUUUUCUGGUAGGAAAGGCUUGACCUUUUUUUUUUUUUUUUGGGGGGAUUGGGGAGGGGUAUCUUUUUCUGGUGGGUCACAAUCUUUUUCAGUUUUUGUGUGGUUUAUCCCCAAUUUUCCUCUGUUUGGGUUUCAGAGUAAUGAUUGUUUAUGGGGAAUGGAUAUCAACAACUCAUUCUAGUGUAUAGUUUGAAAUUGAAAUGCCUCCAACUUGAAAUAGUGUUAGGUAGUGAUUGUGAGAUGUGAAUUGUAAUCAAAGGCAGCCCCCAUUUUCAAUUGUUUAGGUAAAGGGGUUCCGUUUGGUAUUUUGCUUAUUAAUUUCUUUGUUGACACAAAAAAAUGAGGAGGUAGAGUUUGGAUGGACCGGCGGAGUUGGUUGUGGCGGAGGAAGUCGAGUCCUAGUGGUGAAACUGAAAGCUCUGCUGGAUCCAUUUCAUCCCAUUUCUCAGAUGAUCAGGUUCUUCUGAAUCACAACAUUCAAUCACCUGAAGUCACAUCUAAAACAGCUCCCACCGAUGCAGAACUUAAUGAAACUGUUAAGACUCUAUCAGCUAAAUUAUCAGAAGCUCUUGAGACUAUCCGCGAGAAGGAAGACUUGGUAAAGCAACAUGCAAAAGUAGCCGAGGAAGCUGUCUCAGGUAGAACCUUAUUUCCUAUCUUAUGCUGGAACUCUCAUCUUGAUGGAGCACUUAAAGAGUGUCUGAGACAGCUUCGACAGUCAAGACAAGAGCAAGAGAAGAAUCUCCAGCUCACUGUGUCCAAGACAAGUUCUGAAUGGGAGUUUAGAAAGUCUGAACUUGAAAAUAAGCUUGUUCAGCUCCAGGCUGAACUGCAAAAUUCUAAAGCCAAAGACAGUAACGUCAAAGAUCUUCAGUGUAAGCUUGAAUAUGUGGAGAAACAGAACUCAAUACUCAAGAUUGAGCUUGUUUCCAUAUCUGAGGAGCUCAAAUUAAUGACAUCUGAAAGAGACUUAACCACUCAUGCUGCUGAAACGGUCAGCAAACAACAGCUCGAGAGUAUCAAGAAGGUCGCUAACCUUGAAGCAGAAUGCCGUAUGCUUAAGGCAUUCGUUCGGAAAAAAUCAGCCAUUAACCACCACAAGUCUAGCGCUUCUUCCUCUGCUUAUGUUGAACCUUCCACUCAUAGUUUAUCAAAUACUGGAGAACAGCUGUCUAUAGUCGAAAAUGAUAGUUGCAACACGAAUGGUUUGGAGCCAAAUAAUAAUUACCAAAACAGUUCUGGCUUCUUGUCUUCUGCUUUAGUUUCUGAAUUGAGUCAAUAUAAUCAUGGAAAGCCACAUAAAAGAGAGCUUAUAGCGUCGUCUCUAGAGAUAAAUCUGAUGGAUGAUUUUCUUGAGAUGGAGAAACUUGCAGCACGUCCUGACAUAGUGUAUGAAAGAAGCAAUGGCAGAGGAGCACACAUCAGUGAACCCAUUUUAAGAACUGAACUUGGAGCCGCGAUUAGUCAGGCAGCUGACGUGGAGAAGUUGGCAAAGAUGGAGGAGGAGAAAUUGAAAUUAGAGAUGGAAUUAACUCAGUGUCAGGGAGAGCUUAAGAUAUCUAAAGAACAAUUAGAAGAAACCAUGGACAAUUUAACUGAAGUAAGAACUCAGUUAUCUAUGGAAAAUGAUGGCAGGAGAAAACUGGAGGCUGAAUUCAAGGCUGCUAUAACCAAGCUUAAAGACUUAAUAGAACAUUCACAGAAAAUGGAGGCUGAGAUUGUCGAGCUCGAAGCAAAGUUAUCUAUGGCAAAUGAAGCAAAGAAGAAGACUGAGGCAGAAGUCGAGUCUGCCAAUACUAUGCUCAAGAAUUUAGUUGAACGCUUAGAAGAAGCACAGAUUGAUGUUGUGGAGCUCCAAGCUCAGCUCAUUACAGCUAAUGAAGCAAAAAGAGCUGCUGAGGCUGAAGUUGAGGCUAUCAAUGUGAAGCUUAAGAAAUUAGAAUUUUGCUUGGAGGAAACUGAAGUCAAGUGUUUAGGAAUUCAAACCCAACUAGAAAUGGUGGAAGGAAUGAAAUCUGGAGUUGAGGCUGAACUUGAAGCUAUCAAUGCAAAGAAAUAUGUGUCAGAGUCACUACUUAAAGCGACUGAAUUGGAGCUUCAAACAUUGCUUUCUAAAGUUGAUUUUCUUCAAGAGGAGCUUUCCGAGGAAAGGGAUUUGCACCAGAAAACUGCUGCCAAGUUACAGAAACUAGAAAUUGAUAAUUCAGUGAAAAAAUCUGCAUCCCAGCUUCAGAAAGGAACUAUAUUCGGGGAAUUUACAAUCAAUAAGGAUAAAGAAAUGGCAAUAGCAGCUAGUCGAUUUGCAGAGUGCCAAAAAACAAUUGCUUCCAUUAAUUGGCAAUUGAAGUCCCUUGCUAUCAUGGAUGAUUUCUUGAUCGAGUCAGAUGAGCCAUUACAGAUACAAUGACAUGACAUCCUCUUCAGAAGUUGCUCUUUUCUGAAGGGAGGAUGAUUGUCAAAGAUUGAAAUAAUGCUGUUGAAUUUAAGAUUGAACAAUUGAAUAGCAGAAGAAGUUGCAAAGCUGGAAUAGCAAAAUCUUUGGUGCCAUUUGAUAAGUGCUUAGGCAUGAACUUAUUAGGUAGAUAAAAAAAUAUAUAAUCAUGUGCGGUACUAGUGAGUGUUAUGUGCAUAUUUGAAGUACAAAGGUUCCAAAUUCAUUGUACAGAAGUUCACGAGAAAAAGUA